UUGCAUUGCAAAUGAAUUGUUGGUUGCCGUGCUGUGGAUCAUUUUUCUGAAUGACGAUAACAAUAACAAAAACAAAAGUCGUUUCAAAGGAAUGGUUGUCGUUUUUAACUGUAGUGGACAAAAAGCGCAAACAUUUCAUAAACAGUAACUAUAAUCUAAAAUAAUUUAUGGUAUUUAAUAGUAUUGAAAUAACCUAUAAUUUAAUUUCUUCUCCACAAAUUUUUGGACAGUUUCACUGUAAUGAUGACUACGAGUUCCUCAAAAGGAUUCAAGGUGACAGAUGCUGAAAGGAAGACAAGAGUUGGAAUAGCUGCCAAAGACUUGGAAGAACUUAAGAUCAAAACUAUACAAAAAUUCAAAUUGAAGCUCACUCCUUCAGAAAUCAACUUUCAACUUCCGGACGGGACUUUCGUCGAAACGAACGAUUACUUCGAGACACUAAAAUCUCACACUUUAUUAAUUUGGGUAAAACAUGGUGAAAUCGCUCAUACUGAUGCUGAAAUACUUUAUAAAACAAUUAGAGAUGUGAAUCAAGAAUAUCUCACUGCCGGCGAAAAAAUUCAGGAGUUUUUUAGUGAAAAUAUGAAGAGUAAAGUUUACAAAUUGGCCGAGUUGCUGAGAGGCAUCGAUGAUGACAAGUCCAAGAUAUCAUUGAAGAGCGAACAUCCAGAAUGGUUCGAUGGGUUAGACACAAGCGCAAAAACAAAGGAAGAUUAUAUGUUCCGAAAGGCUCAGGACAGGAUCAGAACCUUCUUCUAUCGCACAAAGGAAGAGCUCAGAAAACAUACAGAAUUACCACAAGAUGAACUGCAGUUUUUAUUGUUAGAAUUGAAUAAUAGGCUUAAAAAUUCUAAAUACAAUGGACAUUAUUUCGACAGGCGAAAAUGGCAUGAAGACGACAUCUUGAAAUGUAUUUGCAAUGAAAGUGGAAAUUUUUCCUGUCAAGGAAGAUGGGACAAAGAGAGAUGUUUGUAUGAAACUUCACAUCAAAUCAACCCAUACAGGAGUAGAGAAGAAAGGAUAGUUUUCCAAUGUUGGAAUCUGGAUCAUGUGAAAGAAAGAUCCAGAAGUAUCAUACCUGCUAUACGUGAAGCACUUAAACAUAAACUCACCCUCGAGAAUGCGAAAAAUUUUGCAAGUUUGAAAAAAGAAAUUUAUAUUGACACUAAGAGUAUUUAUAAUGAUCUAUUUACCACAAAAAAUCUCAAGCUUGUACAUAUUGUUUGUCAUGACAAAGGAGCCCAUAACGAGAAGGCUGGGCCUUAUUUGUUGAUCUGAAUGAGAUUUUUUUGCUGGAAAUCAUUUGAUUGAAUUAGCUACCAAGAUAUUUGAUGUGCAGUGAUUAAAACACAAAUAUCCUAAAAUAUAAAGAAGUACAAUAAGUCAGUUAAAAAUAAUUCAAAAAUAGGGGAGACUAGAGAGGUUUGAUCAGAAAAAUCUCAACUAUAUAAUUUAUAAAUACAUUUCGUGAAAAUUUGAAGAAGUAUAUUGCAUUUAUAUUUAUUGGAAAAGCUUAUUUUUUGGUAACUCUAUCAGGAGGAGGCUAUUCAAUGGCGUCUUGUGUGUUGUGAUAUGGAGUGAUAUGUAGAUUUGAAUUUCUACAAUCGUUCCAACAUAGUGCUUUCCUAUUUAUUCCGUAGAAAAACGCACUAGUAAAGCAUCGUUGACUUUUAUGAUUCCAUCAACGAAAUGGUCUUCUUGAAGAUUUGUUUCUCAAUAUCUGUUAGUUAAUCUGAUGAUGCUGAUACAGAAUUUUCUGACUCAGAUUAAUCUACUUUUAAGUUCUGCUUAUACAAAUUUAUUCCCAUAAUCCUGGGACACCCUGUAUAUAUUUUUUUAAAUUCAGAAUGCCAUUCAAAUGGAAGAAUGGCAGACUAGAAAGGUCUAGUCUUCACAGUUUUGUUCGUGUCGUUCAUACCAUUUUUUUCAUUUGAAUAGCAUUCUGAAAUUAAAAAAGAUAUAUACAGGGCGUCCCAGGAUUAUGGGAAUAAAUUUGUAUUUAGGAUCAAAACCUCAAAAUAGGAUGAAAAGUUUUUAUGUAGUCAUGCUCGGAACACACCUUCGAAGAGUUACGUGACUCAAAGAUCACGACCUGAUUAUGGAUUCAUUCAAUUUUUUCAAAGUGGAAGGAGAUGAACAAAUGAAAUUUUGCAGUGGUAUUUGUCAAAUACAGGUACACCUAGGCCCUUAUU